CCAACAACAACAACCACCACCACCACCACCACCUGCCGGACAUCUUGUUGAACCUCUCAUCCACCUUCUCACCCGCAAAACGCUGCAGCAUGCCCGCCGACUCGGACAAGCGCGCCGCCGCGCAGCAAGCCGUGGACAUUCUCCACGAAAUCUCCACCAUUCUGAACUGCCAUCUUGACCGACGGACGCUCUCCAUCUGUAUAUCCAUGAUUGAACGCGGCGUCAACCCCGAGGCCAUGGCGGUGAGUCCAAAAAAAGAACAAAGUGAAGCGAAGCGAGGCGGCCGGUCUGGCUGGGACUGCCUCGCGAUUCGUCGUCCACGCAAUCAGACCACUGACGACAUGAUGCAGCAAGUCAUCAAGGAGCUGCGGCAAGAAGCGCAGCGGGUCGAGUAGUACCAAGCUCCGGCAUGUCUUUUGCAUGGGGUAGCCCUUCGAGUGGACAGGCAUCUGGUUUGGUAAGCGGCGUUUACGGGGUCACGGAGUCUUUACAUGAACGGACGGACGGAUGGACGGAUGAUAAAAAUGCCACUUCUAUAUAUGACGCUAUGGACCAAAAAGCCUCGGUAUGCACCAAUGUUUCAUUCUCAACCGCUUGCCCCGGCCCUUGAAGAACUCA